AUGGCUGCCCCUAGAUUGCCCCAGUUGCCCCCUCAUGAUGGGCCGGUGCUGUCUGUAGUGGAUAUGCACACUGGCGGGGAACCUUUGCGGAUCGUGCUAAGCGGGGCCCCAGCUCCCGAGGGCCGUACUAUUCUAGAGAAGCGGCGCUGGGUGCGGGAUAACAUGGAUUGGCUUCGGCGGGUGCUUAUGUUUGAGCCCCGUGGCCACCGAGACAUGUACGGUGCCCUGUUAGUGCCAGGCGACGAGGAGGAGGCGCAUCUCGGGGUGCUUUUCAUGCACAAUGGAGGCUACAGCACCAUGUGCGGACAUGCAGUCAUUGCCCUCGGCCGCUUUGCACUGGAUUAUGGGUUAGUGAAGGAUCCGCAGGGGCCGGAGACAGCGGUGAAUAUUCAGUGCCCGUGCGGACUGGUGCGCGCUUUUGUCAACUCCUCAGGGGGGCGCACUGGCUCGGUCCGCUUCCAUAGUGUCCCCGCCUUUGCUUUUGCCACAGAUGUUACUGUUGAUGUCCCUGGAUACGGGAAGGUAGUAGUGGACAUUGCUUAUGGUGGAGCAUUUUAUGCAUUUGUUAGUGCAGAGACAUUCGGGUUGGAUGUAUGUUCCUCAAGGACGAGGGAUCUUGUAGAAGUCUCAGCGGCAGUGACGGAAUCUGUAAAAGCCCAGGUUAAACUGAACCACCCAGACAGUGAUGACCUUGCUUUUCUCUAUGGCACCAUAUUAACCGAUGGAAAAGAUUCUUACAGCGAUGAUCCGACUGCCAACAUAUGUGUCUUUGCAGAGUCCCAGGUUGACCGCAGCCCUACUGGUUCUGGUGUGACGGCACGUGUUGCUCUGCAGUACCACAAAGGGUUAAUACAGUUGGGACAAAUAAGAACGUUUAAGAGUGGUGCAACAGACUCUCUGUUCACUGGAAAAGCAGUUAAGGAAACUGCAUGCGGCAAUUUCAAAGCAGUGGUGGUUGAAGUCUCUGGACAAGCCUAUUAUACCGGUGCCUCAAGCUUUGUCAUUGAGAAUGAAGACUCCCUAAAAGAUGGAUUUCUUCUUAAGUAAUUAGAAAUCAGAGAGAGCUUGUUUGUAUGAUAAUGACUAUUCUAUCAUUACAAACUCCUUAUAUCAUUUAGAUCAUGUAGCAGCCAUAAAACUGAUUUAGUAGCACUAGCAGUGUAAUUCAUAAGAAACUUAUUUCUCAUAAUCAUGUCGUCCAGUUCUCUUGCUGCUCAUUGGAGUUCCAUGACCUUCGGCCUCGUGUUUUUAUAUGGUCAUGAAACUCCUCGGUAACUUACAAUAUCCUUGUAUUUUAUAAGAGGGAGUAUUUUAUUUACAAUCUAGUUGCUUAGCCACUUCAUGUCUAUGCUGCUAUCAAUAGUACCAGAUACACUAUUAGCUUAUGGGUCUAACAGGCCUAGAUUUGCAUAUUAAAGGACCAGUAACAUCAAAAUGUUAUUUUAAAAAACUCGUUUGUAUACUACGGAAAAAAAAAGACCAACACAUAUUAAACUUUAAAAUCGCAAAGUCUUUAU